AUGCCGUCUGCUACUGUUGACCAGGCACUCGCGAUCUAUUCCAAAGGCACCAAAGCCUGGUUUACUGAUGAACAAGAAGGUUGGGUCUCAGCCUCCGUCAACACGAUCGAGACAACCGACACUCACGUCAAGAUCACUUUUAUCAAUGACACGGAUGAAACCAAGGAACAUGUAUUCGAAUCGACAUUGGCUGCCCUGGAGAAAAACAAUGCUGCCAACCUGCCACCACUACGAAACCCUCCAAAGAUGGAGAGUGAAGACGACUUGACCAAUCUCAGUCAUCUCAAUGAGCCAUCAGUACUACAUACUAUCCGCACACGUUAUGGACAGCGUCAAAUCUACACCUAUUCGGGCAUUGUCUUGAUUGCAACCAAUCCUUUUGCGCGUGUCUCCUUGUAUGAACCUGAAGUCAUUCAAAAGUAUUCUGGAAGACGACGAGGCGAAUUGGAACCCCAUUUGUUUGCUAUUGCUGAGGAUGCUUAUCGUUGCAUGAUCCGUGAACAAUCCAAUCAAACUAUCAUUGUAUCAGGAGAAAGUGGUGCAGGAAAGACUGUCAGUGCAAAGUACAUUAUGCGUUAUUUUGCAACUGCUGAUGAUAAGGAGACGGUCGGCAAGAAGGCAAAGGGUUCUGAAGGAGCCAUGACGGAGGUAGAGGAGCAAAUCCUUGCCACCAAUCCUAUCAUGGAGGCCUUUGGCAACGCAAAGACGACAAGAAAUGACAACAGUUCCCGCUUUGGUAAAUACAUUGAGAUUCAAUUUGACAAGCAGUGCAACAUUGUCGGCGCCAAAAUUCGUACCUAUCUCUUGGAACGAUCACGCUUGAUUUUCCAGCCUGAGACAGAACGCAACUAUCACAUCUUUUAUCAAUUGUGUUCUGGUGCAUCCGCUGAGGAACGAGAAAAGCUUGGAUUGGCUGAAUGGUCCACUUUCCAUUAUCUCAAUCAAAGUGGGACUGGCGAAAUCAAUGGUGUGGACGACACUGAAGAAUUCAAUAUCACUCGCAAAUCGCUAUCCAUGAUCGGUGUCAGUGAUGAUACUCAACAACAAAUCUUCCGCCUUUUGGCUGCAUUGUUGCAUCUCGGCAAUAUUGAAAUUGGUGGACGUGGUGAUGCCAUGGUCUCCGAUAGUGAUGCUGCUAUGAAAUUGACAACACAACUCCUGGGUAUCAACACCAAUGAAUUCCGCAAAUGGAUUGUACGCAAGCAAAUCAGCACCCGAUCUGAAAAGAUUAUGACCAACUUGAGCCCACAACAAGCACAAGUGGUCAGAGAUUCCAUGGCCAAAUAUAUUUACAGCAACUUGUUCGAUUGGCUUGUCAGCAUUGUGAAUGAAAGUUUGGCAUGUCGUGAAGACCCUGAUCGUGUUGCUACGUUUAUUGGUGUCUUGGAUAUUUACGGCUUUGAGCACUUUAAGAAGAACUCGUUCGAGCAAUUCUGUAUCAACUAUGCAAACGAGAAAUUGCAACAACAGUUUAAUCAACACGUCUUCAAGCUUGAGCAAGAGGAAUAUGUGCGGGAGAACAUUGAUUGGAAGUUUAUCGAGUUCAGCGACAAUCAAAAGUGUAUCGAGAUGAUUGAAGCCAAGAUGGGUAUCCUUUCCCUAUUGGACGAGGAAUCUCGCCUUCCAUCUGGUUCCGAUCAAGGAUUCUGUAACAAGCUUUAUUCUACCUUUGGCACUCCCACCUAUCAGAGCUACUUUAAGAAGCCUCGUUUCUCCAACAAUGCAUUCACCGUCGUCCACUACGCCCAUGACGUGCAAUAUGAAGCAGAAGGCUUUAUGGACAAGAACAAGGACACUGUGCCCGAAGAGCAUCUUACUCUUUUGCAAAACUCUGAAUUUGAAUUCUUGGCUACCAUGAUUCAGCAAGCCAAUACCAGUCCUAAUGGAAGCCCCAGCCCAAGCAACAGCCUGACCGACAACAGCCGUAAGGCCUCAAGCACUGCCAAGAAACCAACCUUGGGUUCAAUGUUCAAGCUUUCCUUGAUCAAUCUUAUGGAUACCAUUGCCCAAACCAAUGUACAUUAUAUUCGCUGUAUCAAGCCUAAUGAAGCCAAGGAAGCCUGGAUCUUUGAGCCGAGUAUGGUACUUUCUCAGCUUCGUGCCUGUGGUGUUUUGGAGACUAUCAGAAUCAGUUGUGCAGGUUAUCCUACGCGAUGGACUUUUGAAGAAUUUGCUGAUCGCUACUAUGCACUCGUUGACGCACAAUACUGGUAUCCUAAAAAGGACCGUGACACUCGCAAAUUGUGCUCAGCUAUUGUUGACACGCACAUUAAUGACCCUGACAAAUAUCAAGUGGGUCUCACCAAGAUCUUUUUCCGUGCUGGCCAGCUUGCGUAUAUGGAAAAGUUGCGUACGGAUCGCUUGGGAGAGGUGGCAACUUAUUUGCAAAAGAACAUUCGCCGUUUCCUUGCCAGAAAGCGUUAUCUUCGAACCAUUGAGCUUAUUACUCGCCUUCAGCAAAUUGCUCGUACCAAGGCCGCCAAAUGUGAAAUGGAACGCCUCCGUCAGGAACGUGCCGCUACCAUUAUCCAGACCUAUUGGCGUUGUUAUGCUGCUCGCAAGUGGUACUUGAAACAACGUGCUACUAUCAUCCAGAUCCAAGCAGCAGCACGUGGCCUUGUGGGUCGUAAGCAUUUUGGCCAAAUCCGUCAACACAAUGCAGCCACUCAAAUCCAAAAGAUUGUUCGUGGUUGGUUUGCACGUCGACAAUACCAAACCCAACGCAACCAUAUUGUUCGUAUUCAAACAUGUGUUCGCCGUCGCAAUGCUCGUAAGCAACUUGUGGUGAUGCGAGCUGAAGCACGUUCCGUCAGCCAUUUCAAGGAAGUGUCCUAUAAGCUUGAAACCAAGGUCAACGAGCUUACACAAAACUUGGCUCAACAAAAGGAGGACAAGGCACGCUUAAGAACCAAGGCAACGGAGCUUGAAACCCAUGUGCGUUCAUGGAUUUCGAAAUACGAUGAUUUGGAUGAGAGAGCCAAGAACCUAUCCAAGGUGAUUGAUAAGCCAGGUGCUGAUAGUGAUCAAUGGAGUUCCUUGCACCAGCAACGUGAUGCUCUCAAGAACGAGUAUAUGACAUCCUUGAACAAGAUCAAGUUGCAGGACAAGGAGAUUGCUCGAUUGACGGAGGAGUUGUCCCGUCAAAAGGAGGAAAUUGCUCAAUUGAAACAGGUUUCCACGGAUACCGCACAAAAGCCCUUGGAUGAUACUGGCAUGGCUGAACUCAAGAAGCAAAUUGCAUCACUCAAAACGCAACUAUCACAAACCCUUGGUUCACCCCGUAAACAUCAGCAACAACAACUACAACAACAACAAACCGUCACCAAAGCAACCACCAACAAUACUUCACGUAAUCGUCGUCGUCAUAGCGCACGUCGUCUCAGUGCUACUCCUGAUGCAAGUCAAGCGGCAAAGACUCCCAACGCUGAUCCAAAUGACCCACUGUAUACCCUGCUUCAAGAAGAAGCUUUGUUGCAAGAGGAUAUCCUUGAUGGACUUAUCCGCACUUUUAAGAUUCCAGAAUCCACUGUGGAGCAACCAUUGUCGCUCAAAGACAAGACACUUCCAGCUCGUAUCCUAGGAUUUUCUAUUCUUCGAAUGUGGAAGCGUGGCUACCUUGCUGAAUCAGAACGAUGGUUGUACGCUAUCAUGGAAACCAUUGAAAGACACUGCCAGAGUUUUGCUGGUGAAGAAGCGAAUGUCCCUUGUGUUUAUUGGCUUAUCAACACGCACGAGCUCAUGUCCAUCAUCAUGGCUGCUGAAGGUGAUUUGCAACAAUCGACGCAAGCUGAUUCUCAACCCCGAUGGCACGACCUCGAAAAAAUCAUUGCCACCACAAAAUACGAGUUGCAGUGUGUGCAAGAUUGCGUAUACAAUCAUUGGGUGGGUGAGCUCAAGAAACAGUUACAUCGUCUUGUGAUUCCAUCCUUGAUUGAGAGCCAAACAUUGCCUGGUUUUGUCACCAAUAGCAGCAGCAUCGCUGGUCAGCCUGCUCCUGUCACCAUGGAUGAUCUCUUGUCGGUGCUCAACAAGGCCCAUUCCAUUAUGCAAGCCUAUGCUGUAGAACCCUUGGUAGCAGAACAAGCCAUGAACGAGCUUGUAAAGUACAUUGAAGUCACCGCCUUUAAUGACAUUGUCAUGCGUCGUAACUUUAACUCUUGGAAACGAGCGAUGCAAAUCCAGCUCAAUAUCAAGACAUUGGAAGACUGGUGCCGUGAACAUGACAUGGGCGACGUUACUUUGCAACUCGAACACCUUACACAAGCAACCAAGUUGCUGCAGUUGAAGAAAUCUACCGUGGAGGACCUUAAAAGGAUCAAUGGUGUCUGCUGGAUUUUAACGCCUGCACAAGUACACAAGCUCUUGCAGAGCUACAUGGCUGCUGAUUACGAGGAACCUAUUGGUCAAGAUGUAUUGAGGACAGCCCUUUCACGCACAGGUGAAAAGAAGGAUGUGCUAUUGGAAUCCGUGCCUUUAGACGAUGCCUUGUAUGAAAUUCCUGCUCCUAACCCUGAUGCCACUGCAGAUGCCUAUAUCCCUGAUGAUCUCCAACUUGCACGGCUCAAGCAACUUGUCACUACUCUUUCCAAUUAA